UACAUAUAUCUGUUCAGGAAACGAAAUACGCAAUAUAAUUUUGCCUAAAAUAUCUAGAAAAAAAUAAACGAAAAUUAUAAAUAGAUUUCUAUCCAUUACUACUUUUCAUUUGUGAGAAUAUAUACGUGUAAUGUCAGAGCUGCGCUCGAAAGUUAUACAACUAUAUAAACAUCUGCAGUAUUUGGGACGUGAAUAUCCUGGGGCCAAUGGACCCCAGAAAUUCCGGCAGCAAGUUAGAGAUGCAUUUCUAAAGAACAAAGAUGAAACCGAUCCCAAGAAAGUAAAGGCUUUACUUGCCCAGGGACGCUAUGUUGCCAAAGAGGUGGAGGCUUUAGUUUCAUUAAAGAAAUAUCGUACAUUGAAGCAACGUUACUCUCAAGAUUAAUUUUUGCUGCUUUUUACUAACUCGAAUUGAAGGCCAAGGUCAAUGAAGAGAAAUGCGGAAAAGACUACUUCUUGUUUGUUGCAGCCAGUAACUGGACAAAAAUUGCAUUUUAUUCAUAUAGAUUUUUUUGUAACCCUACACAACACACAAGUUUUUUGUUGACUCAUAUAUUGUUUAGAUUUUAGAGAGUGUCUUAUAAUUAACAAAUUUUAUUCGCCAAUAUUUGGGCCAUUAAAAUCUUCCAA